AUGUUUGUUGGUGCAUACACAGCCACACUUGUGGUCCGUGCCUGGCUCAUACAUAUACAUGGUUUCCGAUUUUUCUCGAAUUUUUAGUAAUCAUAAUGAGAUGGAGGGGGUUAUUAAUUACCGCAGUGUUAAAUAGGUGUCAUAAAAUUUAAAUAAUGCCUGAAGCGCUCACAUUUUAAUUACAUUUUAUAAUAAGCUUCCUACGUAACUAAUCGUAGAGUAUAGGUCCCCGCAAGCCCCUAGAACUGAAAAAAAUUUUUGCAUUUGCAAUUAAAUUUCAAAUGGGAUUAAUUUUGCGAAAAAUCAGAGGGAAAGUUCAAGACCAAACUGGUACUUAAACCUAAAUUUUAAUAACAAAUUAACUAAUUAAUCAGGAUAAAGGCGUGAUUUAUUUUCGUAUUGUUUUAAUCAGUUUAGUGUAGACCAGAAGCUGCGUGGUAAGUUUUAUUAUUUUUCGACGAAUCGAACUAAAAAUAAAUUACUCUUACGUGUGCCUACGGCAUUUGCGAAUUCAGUCGCUGAAACAAUGAAAUUUUCAGGAAAAUGCAAUUGGAGAAAAUUCCUUCGGAUGGAGGCUACGGCUGGAUUAUAGUAUUUGCGUAUGCUUUAACCACAUUUAUUGCUGUGACACCAAUCCAAUGUUUCGGCCUUAUUUUCAAAGACACAUUCUCCGAUAUGGCUCUUUCGGCAACCGAAGGUUCCCUCGUUAUUAAUGUAAAUGCAGCUUUUGGAAAAAUAUUAGGUCCUUUGAUUGGCAUCCUUCUAAAAAUGUGCGGUUUUCGUAAAACAGCUAUCUUAGGUGGAGUUUUGCUAACAGCAGGAAUGGUCCUGACUUCAUUUUCGUCCAGUUUCAUUGAUUUGAUCCUUUUCUACGGCUUUGUAACUUCGCUCGGUAUGCAAAUGAGCGAGUCAGCGCAAAGACUAGCCUUGAAUGCGUAUUUCAAAGAGAGAAGGAGUGUUGCGAUGGGCUUUGGAGUCACAAUGUCAGGAUUCGGACCUAUUCUGGUUCCACAAUUGAUACAAUUUUUGGCAAAUGAUUAUACCCCACAGGAAGUGACCUUGAUUUAUGGGGGCAUUUGUGCCCAUGUUUUAGUCGGGGCCGCGUUACUGCAACCGGUAGAGUGGCACUUGAAAACAGUACCAAGGGAACAGGAACAGAAUCGGCUUCUGGGCACCAAAGUUAUUGACGACAGGACAAGGGGCAGAGUUUGCCACAAAUUGUUCAAUAAUUUUGACUUGGACCUCUUAAAGGAUCCGGUUUUCGUCAACAUUUUGAUCGGACUGUCACUUGCAACUUUCGCCGAAUUGAAUUUUACCCUUUUGGUGCCGUUUAUUUUGCAGGAUUUUGGUUUGGGUACCGAUCAGAUUGCAAUUUUUCUCUCAACUCUUGGAAUUGCCGACAUUAUUUUCCGGUUUUUGGGGCCUUAUCUCGGCAGUUAUUUUACAAAACCGUCGCGUGUGAUGUUUUCUUACGCCGUCAUUAUUUUGAUUUUCAUCAGGUUUAGUUUGCUCCUGACGAGGAAUUUUUCCGUUUUGUUGAUUAUUGCUUUGGCUCUGGGGCUUGCAAAAGGGGUGAGGAAAGUGUACAUAUAUUUGGUUAUUCCCGAUUACGUCCCAAUGGAAAAGCUACCAUCGGCUGUAGGCAUGGAAACUUUGUUUAAUGGAUUAUGUAUGUUGAUUGGCGGUCCCAUUUUGGGUGUUUUACGCGACGUGACUGGAAGUUACGCGGUUUGCAUUGUUGUGAUGAAUUGUGUUACGAUUUCGACGAUCGUUCUAUGGCUGAUCGAAGUUUUUAUUGUGAAAUAUGUAAAGAAAGGAUGCGAUUAAACAAAUGUUGACCGAA